ACCCAAGCUCACCGGCGACAGUUCAAGCUGUCUCUUUGCAAAUAAAUACUGAGACGAAUAUAGAGAGUGGAGUUGUAGAACACUGAACAGAGAGAAAGAAGAAGAAUAAUUGCAGGAAAAGCCUCUCCCUUCAAAUCAUGCUGGUCUCCAAGCAAAGCAGAGAUUGCACAAGGAGUAGAUAAUCUCUUUUCAAGAUGAUUGAGUGAACCCCAGCAUUGCAUGGGCAUUGAGCUCCAUUUCUGGUAUGGAGUACACUAAUAAAUUUCAGAAUCCAUGUCAGAUAGAAGCCAAGAGAUUACUUUUUGUGGUGGGGAUAGUGGCUGUUACUCAUUUGUUGUGUCAGUCCCUGAUACUUCCGUAUGGAGAUGCCCUUCUGUCUCUAGUGCAUGAUUAUGAGAUUCCAACACGCAGUAAAGACAGUAUAGCUGCUCGAGAUUCUUCCACUAAGUCUGUGAUGGUUAGUGACUCCAUUCUUGUUCAUGCUUCAGAACGGACUGAUACUUCUAUGUUUGUUGGGGUGGUGAAAGACGCUGGAAAUUCUAAUUCCGAGGAUGAGAUUAGGCAUGAUAAUGGACCAAAUGUGGCGGAAAGGUACAUUAAUAACGAGUUUGCAUCAGAUGUUAGAGACCCAAAAAAUGUGGUUGAUGUAGUUGAGAAAGGAAAUUUAUAUAAUGAUUCUCAAUCUGAAAGAGACAUGGAAAAGAGUUCUGCACUGGAGGAGAUAGUUAAAAAUCAAGAUAACGUAUCUAUCCUGGAAAAGGUCAAUGAAACUAGAGAUGGGUUCUUUCUAGAGCAGAUUGUCAAGUCUAAUCAUAAUAUUUCAGAAGAAAUUAUUUUAGAAGCAGAUCCAAGUCUGACUUCAAAUCAGUUUGGGAAAAUGAUGACUGCUUUUGAAUCCCCUCCACUUGGAUUGGCUCUAGAGACUCCUCUAAUUAACACCACUUCUCUGAAAAAUUCCACAACUGAGAGAACUUCUAUUAGUUCUGCCCCUCAUUUCAGAUUUUAUGUUGGGGAACAAGCGAAAGUACUUGCACCGGGUGAAAAUGAAAAUCUUGCACUGGUGGAAAAUGACCUUGACACUCCAAACAAUAAUACCGCACAAAGCAAUAGCUCGAAGAAGAAGAUGAGGUGUCCGAUGCCGCCAAAAUCAAUAACAUCAAUACAUGAAAUGAAUCGUAUUUUAGUUCGGAACCGGAUUACUUCUCGUUCAAUGAGACCACGAUGGUCCUCCGCACGUGACCGGGAAAUUCUAGCUGCAAAGUUGCAGAUUGUGAAUGCUUGUACUGAAAAGAAUGAUGGAGAACUUUAUGCUCCUCUAUUUCGAAAUGUUUCCAUGUUUAGAAGGUAAGCAUAUUGCUACUUUCUUCAAUAAAUACAUUUAAAUUUAAAAUUAUUUCUACUUUUUUUUAUACACGAUUUUUUGAUCCAAGAAAGUUUUUGUUGAGAAUAUCUCAAAUUCUUAUACUGCGCAGAGCCCAUUGAGGGGAAGGGCCCAAUGUGUUUCACUUAUUAUGUUGUUACUUUCUUGAGGUUUCUUUGAUAUGGGGAUAGAGUGUUAGGACCAGGGGAGUCCUCAUGGGUGGACUUGAUAUACAUGGGUGAGCACCAACUUGAUCCAAAAGCUUAAGUCAUUAGGCCUUAGGCCCAAUCAUGUAUAUAAACCCCCAUUAGCCACUCAACUUUUCCAAUGUGAGACAAUCUGACAAGUGGAAUUCUCAACAUAGAGCCUUCACAAUAUGGAUGUCAAUUCCAUAAGUCCAUGGGUCAUGUGUGUGUUAUGUAUAUGUCAUAUUCAAAAUGGUAGAUAAUUUCGUUUUUUGCAUGAGGUUGGGUGUAUUUGAAACUAGGGUUUGAGCAUUUGUGUAACUGUAAUCUUCACUGUUAGUGAACAUUCUCUCCUCCUUUAGUCUUAAAAUCAAAACAAUAUAAAUCUUGGUGCUUGCACAAUGUUGUCAUUCUUUGUUUUGUUUAUAUUCUUUAUUGUUGGUUUUUUUUUUUUGUGUGAACAGUUUUGUUAUGAUUGUAUUGGCAUAUUGCUUUCGACUAACAAAACCAGCUUUCUUUCCACGAACAGUGCAGGAUGAUGUUUAGUUUGAGCAGCAGCUUGAAAUGAUAGGGAACAAAGUAGUGUACAAAUGAGGAAACUCUGUCUUCAGAAAAUCACCUCUAAGCCCCUAACUUUACACUGCAGCAUUUGGUUCAAAUAAUGGAGCAAAUUACUAUGACUGCUAAAAAAUACUUGGACAAUGGUACAUGUAUGACAAAUUGUUGCAUAUUGUGGAGUUCAUAUGCUGGGUAUGUUUUCUGAAGUUGUUAAAAAUAAAUGACAUGAUAUUGAAAAUCAUAAUCCUCUGUGUCAAUAGUCAGCAAUAACUUGUGAAAAUAUGAAAUCAAAAUACCUUUUCAUAUCAUAUCUGAAUCUUUGUUUUCCGGUUGUGAGCUUGAAUUUCUUGUUUCCAUGAUAGGAAACAUAUAUAACUCACUCUUGUUAUGCACUUACAAACUGCUCUACUAUGGGGUGUUAUUUCCUUUCGGAAGUCAAUAUGCAUGUCAUGUCAUCAGAUUAUUGCAACCAAUAAGCUGUGUAGUUGAACUUCCUUGGUGUCAGGAUAAGGCUACAAAUGUCCACUGGCACAAUUAGUUGGUAGUCAUUGCUUUUAGAAAUUGGUUCUAUUAUUAUGCUCAGAUUGAAGAAUAGACAAAUUAUUUGUUGGAGCAGAUUGUGUUUCCUUACAAUUUUCCUACUUCACAUAUAAUAUAUUUGACUCCGGAUUGUCUUCUCUCAAUGCUUUAAAUUAGUUCAUGGAUAUGCUCCAGUUUUCUGUAUUAGGAUUAAGACUGCCUGUUAUGCAUCUCCCCUAAAAGUGGGAAAAGCUUGUCAUUUUUGACCUCUCAUUUGGUUUCAUAUGUAGGAGUUAUGAACUCAUGGAGCGCACACUCAAAAUCUAUAUCUACAAAGAUGGGGAAAAACCCAUCUUUCAUCAACCAAUACUCAAGGGAUUAUAUGCCUCAGAGGGGUGGUUUAUGAAACUAAUGAAGGGAAAUAAACGUUUUGUUGUUAAGGACCCCCGAAAGGCUCACCUAUUUUACAUGCCAUUUAGUUCACGGAUGCUGGAGUACAGCCUAUAUGUACGUAAUUCUCACAAUCGGUCAAAUCUGCGUGAAUAUUUGAAGCGGUACUCAGAAAAGAUUGCAGCAAAAUAUCCCUUCUGGAACAGAACUGGUGGGGCAGAUCAUUUUCUUGUUGCCUGCCAUGACUGGGUAAGCUCCUUAUGCUUCUUUCUUCUGCUUACUUUUUCGUCAACUGUUCUCCUCUGUUUAUUAUGUUAGGGCAUGGAGGUUGCUUUAGUCAUUUCAGUGGGAAACUGGAGUAUUGGUAGUAAUUCAAAGUCUUUUUAAGUUCUUGAAUAACUUAUUUGACACAUUGACACUAUACCUCCUAAAGUUUACUGCUUUCACCCCAGGUUGAAGUUAGUUUUCUCUUACUGGGUUAAUUCAAACACUCAUAGUGUAGCAAUUACCCUAAUUUCACUGAAUUAAUGUUUAGGCUCCAUAUGAAACAAGGCAUCAUAUGGAACACUGCAUCAAGGCACUGUGCAAUGCUGAUGUAACUACCGGAUUCAAAAUAGGGAGGGAUGUGUCGCUUCCAGAAACAUAUGUCCGAUCUGCAAGAAAUCCUCUUAGAGAUCUUGGAGGAAAACCUCCUCAUGAGAGACACAUCCUAGCCUUCUUUGCUGGACACAUGCAUGGCUAUUUACGUCCAAUAUUGCGUAAGUACUGGGAAAACAAGGACCCUGAUAUGAAGAUCUUUGGUCCAAUGCCUCCCGGUGUUGCAAGCAAAAUGAAUUACAUUCGGUACAUGAAGAGCAGCAAGUACUGUAUCUGCCCCAAGGGUUAUGAGGUGAACAGCCCUCGAGUUGUUGAAGCCAUUUUUUAUGAGUGUGUUCCUGUGAUUAUAUCUGACAACUUUGUACCACCGUUUUUUGGUGUGUUGGAUUGGGGAGGCUUCUCGGUGUUAGUUGCAGAGAAAGACAUUCCGAACUUAAAGAACAUACUCCUUUUAAUAACUGAGGAAAAAUAUCUGGAAAUGCAGCUUGGGGUGAAGAAGGUUCAGCAGCACUUUCUCUGGCAUGCUAAGCCUAUGAAGUAUGAUCUUUUCCACAUGACCCUCCAUUCUAUUUGGUACAACAGGGUUUUUCAGACAAAACUUAGAUGAGAAUGUUGUGAUUUGAGUUUCAAACUGGGAUCAGAUGUACAGACAAAAAAAAAAAAGAAAAAAAGAAAAAAUGAAGGAGAAUGUUGAAAACAUGGAAGCUUCCAUCCGGAGAAAUAUUUCGUAAAAAUACCCUCCCCACCCCCCUCCUCCUCCUCCUCCUCCUCCUCCGGAUCUCUAUGUAUGUGUACCUUGCAACAAUGUAUAUUUGUAAGAAAAAAACGAUUGUGGUUUCUAGUCGUUGAUUUUUUUUUAAA